CUUACUCUUCACCAAAGUAAAACUGGAAUGGGUACAUAAAGGACCUGAAGAGGCUCUGGUGACAUGCAGACAUAUGUUGCAGAUAUGGCAGAUGGUAUAUAAUGUUUUACAGCACAGUGGCUCUGAGAAAGGAAGUAGUGUGACUGAAACACCAGUGAUCAAAAAGCAUAACGGACUGCAUCUCACACUCCCGGAUGCUCAUGAUACCGAUUCUGGAUCACAGCGAGCCUCUUCUCUUGCUGCAUCAAGACUGGAACAGGCCAUGUCUGAAAUAACCAUGCAGAGCAGCGCAAUGAAGCAAGGACCUAUGCAACUGUGGACAGCUCUUGAACAAAUUUGGCUGCAAGCUGCUGAGCUCUUCAUGGAACAACAGCACCUCAAAGAAGCAGGUUUUUGUAUCCAGGAGGCAGCUAGUCUUUUCCCCACAUCUCAUGCUGUACUGUACAUACGUGGGAGGCUUGCAGAGAUGAAAGGCAAUUUGGAGGAGGCUAGGCAAUUGUAUGACGAAGCGCUCACAGUCAAUCCAGCUGGAGUGGAAAUUAUGCACAGCCUGGGCCUGGUGCUGAGCAGACUUGGGCGGAGGGACCUGGCCCAGAAAGUCCUCAGAGAUGCCAUCCGGAUCCAGACCACCAGUCACAAGGCCUGGAACAGCCUUGGAGAGGUCUUGCAAGCUCAGGGGAAAAACGAAGCAGCCAUCGAAUGCUUCCUUACUGCUCUGGACCUUGAAUCCAGCAGUCCUGUCAUCCCGUUCACUGUCAUACCCAGGGAGCUCUGA